GGCUUCAAAAGCGAAAUGGGUUCGGAUUACACUGAAGCUUCGCCUGUGGUGAAAACCAUUCAUGGUCAGGUGCGUGGAGCGCUACAGACCGCGCUCUACGGUGAGCUCUACUACAGCUUCGAUGGCAUACCGUACGCCCAGCCGCCCUUUGGUGAGCUGCGAUUUAGAGAGCCGCAAGAUGCUAAGCCCUGGGAGGGAAUACUCGACUGCUCCAAGCCAAGAAGCAAGUGCCUGCAAGUGAGCAGUCUGACCCAGCAAGUUGAGGGUAGCGAGGAUUGCCUGUACCUCAAUAUAGCCGUCAAAAGUUUAACCAGCGAGAAGCCUUUGCCUGUGAUGGUAUAUGUGCAUGGAGGCGCUUUUAAGAACGGAGAUCCGACCAAGUUCGGGUUUGGACCAGAUUAUAUCAUGCGCGAGCAGGUGAUCUACAUAAGCAUCUGCUAUCGCGUGGGUCCAUUAGGUUUUUUGAGCUUCGCUGAUCCGUCUCUGCGCAUACCCGGUAAUGCAGGACUAAAGGAUAUUAUUCUAGCCCUGAAGUGGAUCAAGGCAAACGUGAGUAGCUUCAAUGGGGAUGCGAACAACAUAACGCUCUUCGGGCACAGCUCGGGCAGUUGCGCGGUGCAUCUGCUGAUGGUAACUCCCCAGACGGAGGGAUUAUUCGACAAGGCUAUCAUGAUGGGCGGCUUUUACCCCGAGACAGCUAAUGCGCCCAAUGCGGAAUAUGACAUGGCCAAGCAUUUGGGCUAUGAGGGCGAGAACAACGAUGUUGAUGUAUUCAAUUUCAUAAAUGCCGCAGAUCCCAAGAAAUUGGUCCUACCGGACUUUCGGCCUCUAUACGAGCGCUUGCAGAGCGGAGGUUAUCCAUUAUUUUUGCCACGUAUUGAGUACUAUCCCACGCCCACUGCUGUGCUACUGGACCAGCCGCGCAUACUGCAGCGCACUGCGUGGACCAACCGCUUGCCCCUCAUGAUGGGCUGCACCAGCAACGAGGGCCUGUUCAAUCCUUUGAUGAACAUGCGAAAGGAUCCGAACCUAUUGAAAGCGUGCCAGCAGCGUCCGGAGUUCACACUGCCGUAUUCCCUACUCAGGCACUGCGAGCCAAGCGCGUGCCGGCACGAGGGACAGAACCUUGUGAAGAAAUUCUGUGGUACCCAUAGCACGUUUAUCACUGAGGAGCAUCACCCAGCGAUAGCCGAGCUUUUCACACACAACCUGUUGCACUAUCAGCAGCGCAUGCUCCGGGCUCGACAGGCUUACAGCCAGGCUGUCAACUAUCUCUAUCGGUUCGACUUUGACUCUCCUGAUUUUAACUUCUAUCGGAUUCGUUACCAAGGACCGGAAGCUCGUGGCGUUCAGCAUGCUGAUGAGCUGUGCUACCUCUUCAAGUUGCCCCAAACAUUUAAGCUGGAGAAGUCUCGGCCGGAGUACACGGCCAUCUGCCGCUUCGUAGCCCUGUUAACGGAGUUUGCCCGCAACUCCAAUCCAAAUGGACCGCUCACCAAGUCGCUGGUCGACUGGCAGCCCGUAACAAAAGAAGAACCCACAAUGUGCCUCAAUAUCAAUGAGGAGCUGAAGUUCAUACCUCAGCCUGAGCGUCUGAAGUUACGGUUUUAUGAUCAACUUUACAGACACAUUAAAAUGGAGCUCAUUUAUUAUCAAGCUGCAUUGGACGCGAGCGGACGAUUGGACAUUAUGUCGGCAAGUCUGGAAACCUGUGAAAUAACGUUGCCCAUAGGCCAUGUCCGAGGCGUCAAGCGUCGCAGCUUUUACGAUGAUGAAUACUACAGCUUCGAGCGCUUGCCCUUCGCCAAGCCGCCAGUGGGCGAGCUGCGCUUUAAGGCACCUGUGCCCGCCGAGCCCUGGUCGGGCGUGCUGGACUGCACCCACUUUGCCGAUAAGCCCGUGCAGAAGGGCUUGCUGACGGGCAUCAUCGAGGGCAGCGAGGACUGUCUCUAUCUGAAUGUGUACGCCAAGCAGCUGAAGAGCGCCAAACCUUUGCCUGUUAUGGUCUACAUUUACGGAGGGGCCUUCUCCAUAGGCGAGGCCACACGGAACCUCUACGCGCCCGAUUAUUUUAUGGCCAAAGAUGUUAUUCUAGUCACGCUCAACUAUCGCGUUGAUUGCCUAGGUUUCCUUAGUCUGAAGGACCCCAGCUUGGAGGUGCCCGGCAAUGCUGGACUCAAGGAUCAGGUUCUGGCCAUCAAAUGGGUCAAUAAAUACAUUUCCUACUUCAAUGGUGAUGUGAACAACAUAACGGUCUUUGGAGAAAGCGCCGGCGGCUGCUCCACGCACUACAUGAUGUGCACGGAGCAGACGCGUGGGCUCUUCCACAAGGCCAUUCCCAUGUCGGGCACCUUGCACAACUACUGGUCCAAUACCCCGCCCAAGGACUUCGCCUAUCGUCUGGCCAAGCUGUAUGGCUAUCAGGGCGGUAACAACGAUCGCAAGGUACUGGAGCACUUGCGUAGGGUGCCGGCGGAAAAGCUGGUCGACCACAGUCUGCUCGACCUCGAGGAUCGACGCAAUGGCUUCUUAUAUGCCUUUGGGCCCACCGUAGAGCCGUAUGUGAUGGCGGACUGUGUGGCACCCAAGCCGCAGCUGGAGAUGGCGAGGGAGGCGUGGAGCAAUGAGCUGCCUGUCAUGCUGGGCGGCGUAUCUUUCGAAGGUCUCUUCAUGUAUCCGACCCUGUUGGUCAACCGCAAGGCCAUGGAUAACUUGCCGCACGAUCCGUUGCGACUGACGCCUCACGAGGUGCGUGCGGAGAAUACGGAGCAAAAGAAUCUGGAGUUUAGCAAGAAGUUGAUGAAAUUGUACUUUGGUGACGCGACGCCCAGCUCCGCGCUCAUCAUGAACUUCAUGGACUACUAUUCCUAUAGACUCUUCUGGCACGGCUUCCACCGCACUUUGCAAGCUCGCCUGGCGUACGCCACGGCUCCCACCUAUUUCUAUCGCUUUGAUUUUGAUUCGCCUGAUUUCAAUUUCUACCGUAAGAAGUUCUGUGGCGAUGACAUCAAGCAGGGUGUUUCCCAUGCCGAUGAGCUGGGCUAUUUGUUCCGGAACGCGGAGUCGUGGAAGCUGGACAAGGCCUCCGCUGAAUAUCGCACCAUCCAACGGAUGAUCGACAUUUGGACAUCCUUUGCAGCUACUUCCAAUCCCAACUGCGCUGAGACUGCGCAUCUCGAUUGGCAGCCCGCGAAGCAGGAGGCACCGCAGCGGGUGCUCAACAUUGGCAACGAGGUGGAGCUCAUCGAUCUGCCCGAGUACGACAAGCUGCUCGUCUGGGAUAGUCUCUAUAAGAAGGAACAAUUAUAUUAG